AUGGCAGACAACUACCAGGGCGGUUUUGAGAAUCAGGACUUCGAUGAAGGUUUGGAUCAGAUCCUUGAAGAGUUAUACGAACAAGCUGAUGUCAACAAUCAGGAGUUGAUAUUCCCGCCAGAAAACGCUGCGCAAGAGGUUGAAAUUAGCACCGAAUCACAACACGCCAUAGGACACGUCACAAAUCCUGCCUCUGCCGAUGCUCCGGCUCCCGAGGGAGGUUGUCACAAUCUCCCAGAUGUCUCAAGCGUUCGCACCGAAGUUAGCGUUACGUGUAGACCCCGACAUUCGGAGGGUAAGGGGGUGAAACGUUUGAGGUUACCGGAGUGGGGAACGGACGAUGUACCAAGCACCAGUCGUUUAAGGAGUUCGGAGAAUAACGAGCAACGAUAUGAUGAAGGUGGUCUAACAGCGUGGAGCGAUUCUAUGGUGAGCGCGUGGGAUCGUGCGUCUUUUAGCGAUUCGGCAAGCGAGGAGGAGACGGAAGAACUGCCUAACGAAGACCCUCAAGAGCUGUUCCGUGAACAUGAUUUAAAUAGAAGGCUUGAUUAUGAUAUGCUUCACCAUGUUAAUCGACGGUUUGGCACACUUUUCGAUUUGAGCGGUCAAGCAUUGUCCUAUCGGGGUGCAGAAGAGAUCGUGGGUAAUGCUCAAAGUGAUGUGGGGAAACUACUAUUUGCGCUGUGUCGCACCUGUGCUGAGACGCAGUAUCAGGGUCAGUGUCAGCACAGUGAUGACGAAAGAAUCAUUUCAGGAGUUUGGACCUCUGUCGAGCUCUCCAGGGCUAUUGAUAAAGGUUAUUCGGUUCUCGUCUAUGGUCUUCAUUCUUCACGUCCUCUGCUGGUCACAGAUUAUUACUAUGGGCUGCCCAUCAUAUCCCUUCACUUCCACAACCAUCUGGACCUGGUGCUCUCCGCCGACUCCAAAAUCAUCAAGAUGUGGAAUAAAGACAAUGGAAGAGUAUUUUCCUCCAUCAAACCGCAGGCCAACAUCAAUGAUGUGUGUCUCUACCCUGGCUCCGUCUUUAGGCUCUUGGUCAGGUUCCUUCCUGGAUAA